AAGUUUGACCGACGGCCAGACAGUAAAUAAACAGUGCUCCAUCCUUUAACCGCACUUGUGACACAAGAUUUCAGAAUUUUUUGAACACUGGAUCUGAAUAUUUAAAGCUAUAAAAACUUUCUUGAUCUGUGGUAUUCAAGAAAGAAAAGAAAUGGUCAGGUCUUCAUGUUCUAAGGACAAACGCGAUGUAUAUUAUCGAAUGGCCAAGGAAGAUGGUUGGAGGGCCCGGAGUGCUUUUAAGUUGUUGCAAAUUGAUGAAGAAUUCAAAAUUUUUGAAGGGGUGGUUCGGGCGGUGGAUCUGUGCGCUGCCCCGGGCAGUUGGAGCCAGGUGCUUUCCAAGAAGCUACGGGCGGGGCCGGGCGCGGACCAGGUGAAGAUUGUGGCGGUGGACAUCCAGGAGAUGGCGCCCCUGCCGGGCGUGGUCACCAUCCAGGGGGACAUCACCAAGCUGAGCACGGCACAGACCAUCGUGGCGCACUUCGAGGGCGGGCAGGCCGACCUGGUGGUGUGUGACGGGGCUCCGGACGUGACCGGCCUGCACGACAUCGACGAGUACAUCCAGUCGCAGCUGCUGCUGGCCGCGUUCAACAUCACGUCGCACGUCCUCCGGCCGGGGGGCACGUUCGUGGCCAAGAUCUUCCGAGGCCGCGACGUGUCGCUGCUCUACGCGCAGAUGAAGCUGUUCUUCGAGCGGGUGACGGUGGCCAAGCCGCGCAGCUCCCGCAACUCCAGCAUCGAGGCGUACGUGGUGUGCGAGCGGUACGCGCCCCCCGAGGGCUUCGUGCCCACCAUGGUGAGCCCCCUGCUGGACGAGCGGCCGUGCGACUGGGGCGCGCUGGGCGGUGCGACGCGCUGCGUGCUGCCCUUCAUGGUGUGCGGGGACCUGUCCUCCUUCGACUCCGACACCUCCUACCCCUUGCAGCUGGACAGGCUGCAGCUGUACGAGCGCAGGGAGCCGGAGCAGGCCCCCAUCUCCCCGCCCUACGAGGAGUCCGUGGCGCUGCGCAAGGGCGGGCUGGCCAACCCGGGCGCCCACGUCACCAUCCACGGGGAGAGACGCGACUAGCCGCGGCCCUCUGGACUCCAGACGUGCAAACACCCCACUGCCAAAUGUAUUUUCUGUACGAUUGUAACUUGUAAGAUCUUACCAUCAGACUAAGUGAUAAAAACUCUCCAUACUAUUGAUGUCUAAAGCGUGUUGUAGAAUACCGUGAUUCGUUAUGCUUCAGCCAAUUAGUGAAUCACAUGUGAAUAGGCAGUUCCACUUUGAUCAUUACCAGGAUUAGUGAUUCACUCUGCCUCUUUUGAAAUAGCUAGUUGCAGAUAGGCCUUUUCUUUUUGUUUACAUUUAAAUUUGUGACUAUGUAUAUUCUCUGCAAUUUUAUAUAUACCAUAAACAGUUGGAGACACGUUUGAUAAUAAAGUUGUGAAAACAUUACAUUGGUAAAA